GGGCGGGCUACAGGGAUAUCAGGAGCUCAGCCUGCAGAGCUGAGUCCCACACCAUGGACCCUGCCGCGCGCACCGUGGUGCUCAUCACCGGCUGCUCCUCGGGCAUCGGCCUGCACCUGGCUGUCCGCCUGGCCUCGGACCCGUCCCGGAGCUUCAAAGGUACAGGAUGGGGGCGCCCGGUAGGGUGGGCUGUCCCCAAGGCCUCUGACCCUGUCCCCAUUGCAGUGUAUGCCACCAUGCGGGAUCUGGCAGCGCAGGGCACGCUGUGGGAGGCGGCCCGGGCCCGGCGCUGCCCUCCUGAGUCCCUGGAAACACUGGAGCUGGACGUGAGGGACUCGGACUCGGUGGCUGCAGCCCGGGCACGCGUGACUGAAGGCCGCGUGGAUGUGCUGGUGUGCAACGCUGGACGCGGGCUGCUAGGGCCGCUGGAGGGGCACGGGCCGGGUGCCGUGGGCUCUAUUUUGGACGUGAAUGUGGUCGGGACCGUGCGGACAGUCCAGGCCUUCCUGCCAGACAUGAAGCGACGCGGCUCAGGACGCGUGUUGGUGACCGGGAGCAUGGGCGGCCUGAUGGGGAUACCCUUCAACGCCGUGUACUGUGCAAGCAAGUUCGCGCUCGAGGGUUUGUGCGAGAGCCUGGCGGUCCUGCUGCUGCCCUUCGGGGUCCACGUGAGCCUCAUUGAGUGCGGCCCGGUGCACACCGCCUUCUACGAGAAGCUGGAAGGCGGCUUGGGCGGGGCGCUGGACCAGGCUGACGCCCGAACACGCCACCUCUUCUCACUCUACCAGCGCCACUGCGAGCGGGUGGCUCGAGAAGCACAAGACCCGGAAGAGGUGGCGGAGGUCUUCAUGGCCGCUCUGCACGCCCCGCAGCCGGCCCUGCGCUACUUCUGCACCGAGCGCUUCCUGCCCCUCGCGCGCCUGCGUCUCGACGACCCGAGCGGCCGCAGCUAUGUGGCCGCGAUGCACCACGCUGUUUUUGUUGCCGAUCCCGGGGCCAUGCAGUCUGGGGACUCUGAGCCGGAUGCCGCCCCCGAAACGGCUGUCCACGCCUCUGAUCGGUGUCCCCUGUGACCUAGCUCUUAAGCUGCAGAAAGACCUGAAAUUGCCGGACGUGGUGGCUCACACCUCUAAUCCCAGCACUCCGGAGGCUGAGGAUUGCAAGUUCCAGACCAGCCUGGGCUACAAAGUGAGCUCAAAGCCAGCCUGAACUGCAUAGCGAGACCCUGUCUCAAAAAGACAAAACAAAACAAAACAAAACAAAAAACCCUGAGCUAAUAAAGCUGCAGUUUGGGGCUGGGGAUUUAGCUCAGCGGCAUAAGCGCCUGUCUUGCAAGCAGGCAGUUGUGAGUUCGAUCCCUGGUACCAAUAAAAACGAAAAAGACAAAAGAAAAAAAUAAAUAAAGCUGCAGUUACCGUU